AUGUCAUUUUUAAGCAGCAAUACUGCCGCAUCCACCACAAAUACAAGUGCAUCCAAUGGUCAGGAAUUGAUCAAUGAUAUCACCAUUAAUAAUCCGCCAGAAGACUCGAUAUCAGACAUAGCGUUCUCACCCCAACAGGAUUUGCUAGUGGCGGCUAGUUGGGACAAAAAGGUCCGAAUCUACGAAAUUGACCCCAAUACGGGUAAUAAUCAGGGCCGGGCUAUGUUUGAGCACGAGGCGCCUGUUUUUAGUGCCAGAUGGUCUAUUGACGGUACCAAGGUGAUUAGUGGAGGAGCUGAUAAACAGGUGAAGUUGUUCGAUAUAGCCUCGCAACAGACACAACAGAUAGGGGCACAUGAUGCGCCAGUAAGGGCCGUUCGCUUUGUUGAAUGUGGCCCUACGAACACGCAAGUGGUCGUUUCUGGGUCGUGGGACAAGACGUUGAAGUACUGGGAUAUGAGAGCACCCCAACCGGUAUCUACUGUUAACUUGCCAGAAAGGGUCUACUGCAUGGACUCGUCACAGAAGUUGUUGGUUGUGGGGUGUGCUGAGAGACAAAUCAGCAUCAUUGACUUGAACAACCCGCAACAGAUUUUCAAAAACUCGAUGUCCCCCUUGAAAUGGCAAACCAGAUCCAUAAGCUGCUACCCACAAGGGAAUGGUUUCGCUGUCGGGUCCAUCGAAGGAAGAUGUGCGAUCCAGUAUAUUGAUGAGAGCGAACAAAGUAAGUUUGGCUUCUCGUUUAGAUGUCACCGUAAGACUCCCACCGGGGCCAACACCACGUCGGCGUUGCGUACAUCUGCCAACUCAGAAUCUCACAUCUACUCCGUUAACUCUAUUGCAUUCCAUCCUGUCUAUGGGACUUUCAGCACGGCUGGUUCCGAUGGAACUUUCUGUUUCUGGGACAAAGAUGCAAAACAAAGAUUGAAGACCUUCCCUGCUGUCAACUGCACCAUACCGGCCACUUGUUUCAACAAAAACGGAACCAUAUUCGCCUACGCUAUGAGUUACGACUGGUCUCAAGGCCAUACCGGUAACAAACCAGAUUACCCUAACCAGAUCAAGUUACAUGCUACCAAAGACGAAGAGAUCAAACAAAAAAAGAAACGUUAG